AUGUCGAUUAAAAAACUUUUAAUUGCUAAUCGUGGAGAAAUAGCAUGUAGAAUUUUGCAAUCAUGUAAAAGAAUAGGAAUAUCCACUGUUGCAGUAUAUUCUGAUAUUGAACAAAACGCGCUUUUUGUAAAGCUAGCAGAUGAAGCAAUUCAUAUAGGACCGCCUUCUGCAGUCGAUUCAUAUCUUCGAGGAGACAAAAUUAUCGAAGCCGCAAAACGAGUCGGUGCUGAUGCCAUUCAUCCGGGGUAUGGAUUUUUAUCCGAAAAUGCAGGAUUCGCCAGAGAAGUGAGCAACUCCGGAAUUAUAUUCAUUGGCCCUACACCAGAAUCAAUAUUAGCGAUUGGAGAUAAGAUUGAAGCUAAAAAUUUACUUACCAAAUACUUACCAUCUGUGAAUUUGAUACCUGGUUAUAAUGGAGAUAGCCAGAAUCUGGAUGUUUUGAUUCAUGAAUCCAAGAAAAUCGGAUUUCCUGUGAUACUAAAGGCAGCUGCAGGAGGAGGUGGAAGGGGUAUGCGUAUUGUUCACGAGGAAUCAAAAUUGCAAGAAGCAAUAGAACUUGUAAAAUCCGAAUCUCUCCAGUCCUUUGGUUCAGAUAGACUUUUAAUUGAAAAGUAUUUUGAGUCAAUUCGCCAUGUCGAGGUACAACUAAUAGGGGAUAAUUACGGCAAUGUUUAUCAUUGUUUUGAGAGAGAUUGUUCUGUUCAAAGGCGACAUCAGAAAAUUAUUGAGGAAACUCCAUCGCCAGUACUGGAUCAGGAUUUGAGAAAAAAUAUAAUUGAUGCUGCAAUUAAAAUUGGUAAACUCUUGAAAUAUACGAAUGCUGGGACGGUCGAAUUUAUUAUAGAUGUUAAGGAAAACAAAUACUACUUUCUUGAAAUGAAUACACGCCUACAAGUUGAACAUCCAAUUACUGAGCUUAUAACUGGCUUAGAUUUGGUUGAACUUCAAAUAUUAGUUUCUCAAGGAUAUGAUUUAUCACAUUCACAAUUACCAAUAUUAAAAUCAAAUGGACAUGCCAUUGAGUGCCGCCUUUAUUCUGAAGAUCCUUGCAACAAUUUUCUUCCGAGCAUUGGUAAAAUUCUUUAUUUCAAACCAUCUUUAGCACCAGAUGUUAGAUACGAUACUGGUGUUGAAACAGGGUCUGAAAUAUCUGUAUAUUAUGAUCCUUUAAUUGCCAAAAUCUCAGUAUGGGCACCAACGCGUCACCAAGCAAUUCAAAAAAUGAGAUCUGCAUUACGAAAUACUGUUUGUCUUGGUUUAAUUACAAAUCAACAAUUUUUAUUACAAGUUAUGGAUGACUCAAGUUUCAUAUCUGGAAAAUAUGACACUAACUUUAUUGAACAUCAGUUUUCUCUGUCUAAAAAUCAACACAUACAGAAUGAAUUAGGAAUUAUACCAUUUUUAUGGUUAUGGUACAUUAGGGAAAAACAAAGAACAACUUUAAAGCAUGUUCCUUCCGGAUGGAGAUAUUUAAAAUAUAAAAACUUUACUGAUGAAUAUAUUGUUUAUAAUGGAUCUAAUGUUCAAGUUUUGGAACUUGAGUAUGAGUAUCACACAAAGUUAGAUGGUGGGAAGAUUGGCAACAGUAGCGAUCAUAUAUUUAGUGUUUGGAUAAAAGGAGAUAACAAUAAAAGUAAACGUGUCUUGUUAAAGGAUGUGAUAAUUUAUGAAAAUGAUAUUGUUUAUGGGUCUUUGAGAUGCUCUAUAGAUGGAAUACAGAGAAUAUUUGACAUAGCUUCUGGACCUCAAAACUUACGUACACAAGAAGUGUAUGUUCAUUGUAAGGAAUUGGGGGGACAAAUCAAAUUUCUGAGGAACAAAAAAAAGGUUUAUAGUGAAAAUGUCGAAGAUGAUGUCUCAUCAUAUACAGCGCCAAUGCCGUGCAAAAUUUUAAAAAUUUUAGUACCACAAAAUUCAAAAGUUAAUAAAAAUGAAGCUAUAUUAACUAUAGAGUCUAUGAAAGUUGAAACAAGAAUAUACUCUAGAAAUGAUGGAAUUGUAAAUAUCUUUGUCAAAGAAGGUGAUGUUGUGGAUGCUGGAACUGUUUUAAUUAAGGUUGAACAAAAU